UGACUUGGAAGCCAAGGUUGCCGGUCACUGCUUUGCCGGCCUUCCGGUCCCAAGAUCGCGGUGGGGAAAGUCAUGGUCAUUUUGUGUGACGGGCACAAUUACUUCCUCCAACGAGCCAUCAUACCUCGAGGUCAGUAGGAGUAGUUUACUUCUAUUUACCCAAGCUGUAUUAGCAGAGAUGGCCAAUCAAUCCAGUCUUCCAGUCUUACAACCACCCUCCUAAUGCGCAAAGACAUCUGCCUCGUGUGUCGCCAACGCCCCAAGCGCAAGGACUACCAGUUCUGCUCCCACAGAUGCACCAACUUAGCUGCGAAGAAGGCGCCUCAGCUCAUGAGGGUGCCGAAGGGGCAUGUCUUCUACGAGAAUGUCAAGAAGAUGUUCGCGAAGCAGUGGAACGAUAAGAGGCAGCACCUGCCUACAAUCGCGAAGAUCUACCUCAUCACUUGGACUGCUUACCAGCGCACAUCAUUUGAGAAAUAUCGCGGGAAGGUGGCUAGGAUGCGCAAGAUUGGAAAAGGCAAACCGAAGGAGGUCAAGUGCUUUCGCUCUGAGAAACGUGCUUGUAGUCUCGGCGACAAGAAGCCAUACAGGUUGUGCAGGAAGUACAACUGUCGACUCUGUCCUGCCAUCCGGACUGCACUCAAGUCGAGCUUGGACUAUAAGCGCCAGAUGGUGAAGAAAUACGCAACGACUGGCGUUCGCUUUGGGGGUGGGCUGUACAUGGCGCCCUCGUCCAACAAGGCAUUCCAAUAUGCUGAGAAUCUCUCGGGAGGCUCCAAGUACCUCACUGUUCUCGUCACUAGGACUGUGCUUGGAAAGAUGCAGUUCCUCAAGAAUGAGCAACACAGAAGGCUCUCACCUGACAAGGGAUAUGACUCCGUCAAGGCACGCGCUCAAGGCGGUCCAUUAGAGUAUAUCACAUACCACAAGGACGCAGUGCGUCCUGCGUAUCUCCUUAUGAUCAGCAAACGCAAGUAGCUAUCGGAUUGACUGCAGAGACUCUACUGUACUGUUUUCAAUCGAUAACUUCCAUUUAAGGUCUGUUUUUGCUCCCAAGAGGACUGUUCCUUCCGCCGAUUGCACCAUAGACAAAGUUGUACCGGCUCGUUCACCCCUACAUCGAUAUGCACCUACCAAAAGAAGCCUUCACUGCUUUCAAGAUGUUAUUUCCGUACUUGGUGUCCAAAGAAUCCGCUAGCGGAGGAGGUGAUAUCUCAGGGUUCAGGUGGCAUAUAAAAACUGAUGAACUUUCAUUCGAAGCUAAUGA